AUGGCUUCGGCACGCGGCCCACGAUGGCAGCAGUUUUUGCAGGAGUUGGUAAUGGUCGCGGGCACGUCGGCGUCCGCAUACUUCCUUAUCCGCUAUCUCCUCUCCCGCCUUGAUUUCGACCCAGAAAGUCAGAAGAAAGAGGAACAAAAACGCAAGUCCGCCGCUAUCCUGCGAAAACUUGAUGGCGGAGAAGAGUCGGACGAGGCCUCACCAAGCAAAGGCGGCAAAAGAUCACGACAGAAACGGGGCGACCUCGUUCUCAACCAGUAUGAACAAGCGAUUGCGAUGGAUGUUGUCGCCCCCGACGACAUCGCGGUGUCAUUCGAGGAUAUCGGAGGUCUAGAAGAUAUUAUUGAAGAACUGAAAGAAUCCGUCAUAUACCCAUUGACCUUGCCUCACCUUUAUUCGUCUACUUCAUCACUUCUCACAGCCCCGUCGGGCGUACUAUUGUACGGGCCCCCCGGCUGCGGUAAGACUAUGCUUGCUAAGGCGCUUGCCCACGAGAGCGGAGCUUGUUUCAUCAACUUGCACAUAUCCACAUUAACGGAGAAGUGGUAUGGUGAUUCGAAUAAACUGGUCAAUGCCGUCUUUUCCUUGGCCCGGAAAUUGCAGCCCUCGAUCGUCUUUAUCGAUGAGAUAGAUGCAGUGCUUGGCACAAGGCGAAGUGGCGAGCACGAGGCUAGUGGCAUGGUGAAAGCGGAAUUUAUGACCCACUGGGAUGGACUUACGUCGGCAAAUUCCACGGGAGAGCCACAGCGAGUGGUUGUGCUGGGCGCCACAAACCGCAUGCAAGAUAUUGAUGAUGCUAUCCUCCGUCGAAUGCCCAAAAAGUUCCCCGUGAACCUUCCACCAGCCGCACAGCGGCUUCGAAUCCUCGGCUUGGUGCUCAAAGACACGAAGAUCGACCGCCAGAACUUCGACCUUCACUAUCUGGUCAAAAUGAUGGCAGGCAUGUCGGGCAGUGAUAUCAAAGAAGCAUGUCGCGACGCUGCCAUGGGGCCAGUUCGGGAGCUGAUUCGACAGAAAAAGGCAGAGGGGCUACAAAUUACAUCCGUCAACCCGGACGAGGUCCGCGGUCUUCGAACAGAAGAUUUCUUCUCUCGUGCUGGUGGUGCCCGGCUUAUUCCCGCUCCCACCCAACCUCAAACGCAACCUAGCAAAGCCAACUCCGAGAAAGAGUGGAGCACAGAAUCCGAGGCCGCAUCUGAAGCGGAGGCACAAUCGACUAAAGAGAUGGUAGAACCGCCCGAGUAA